CUGAAUGGACGCUUUUUCCGUUCUUCUUCGCUCGUGUAAUAGUGGACAUGCCCGAAGAGACUCAGUCGGUAGCUAGCUCCACUAGUGUCUCUGCAUCGCCAGAGCAAUCAAAAGAUUCUGUUGGGGCCGUGAUGGAUAAAGUUUUGCGUCGGAAGAAAAAGUCGUCAUGGAGAGUGUGACGAGAUGAAGUUGUUUCUGUCCCACCAUGGCAAGUCGGACAAGGGCAAGAAGGAGGAACUGAUCCAGCGGGUUGAGGCGAUCUUUUCCCAGCAUGCUGUUACACCUGAUGAGCAAUCUGACAGCCACCCACAACAACCCGAGCAGCAGCAGCAGCAACAGCAGCAGCAGCAGCUAGCAUCAUCACAACGCACUUUCCCCAGUACUGGCUGGACUAGCCUGGAGGACAUUUGUGCGUCAUCGUCAGUUGGCAUGUUGUUGUUAAUGCCCUACGUUAUGCAAUAUUUGAUUGCUCGUAAAGCAGUUGAUGGCCUGGACAGUGCUGACUUCCGGAGUCUUAGCGAACAGUCCGACGGACUGUGCAAAAGAGCCUACGCUCGGAAUGGUGCCAUAGCAGUCAUUCCAUGCGCAGAAGAACUAUUGUUCAAGUGUAAUGUUCGUGCUACUAUGAAGACUGGGGUGCGCUACGCUGUCAAGAUGGUGUUGAAGAAAGAGUCCAGCCAGUCCUUCAACACCAUCGUGUACACUGAGUGUGGGUGCCCGGCCGGUGCGGCCCCGAAUUCUACUUGCAAGCACAUCGCUGCUGUGUGCUAUGGCCUGGACGAGUUUUCCCGCUUUGGUUCAUUUACAGGUUGCACCAGCUCCACCAGUGAGCUGUGCAAAUGGAAUGCACCGCCAAGCAAGCGGCUUGUGAGCCAGAUGGACUUCACGGCACCCCAACCCGAGAGUGAGCGCACGCGACCCACCGCAGGGAAGAAGCACAGGCUACUCCAUGACCCUCGGCCAUCUGACAUGCAGGACCCGGAUUCCACUGUAGAGUCGCGGAAGCUGUUUGGUAUUGUAGGCAGCAAUACCCGUCCUGCGGCCGCACGCCCAGCGCUUCUCGACUUAUUGUCGCCGGUAACGUCAACGGUUUCUUCAAUACGGAGUAGCGCUGUUCAGCCCACACGCACCAGUACUACAGUAUACACAGUGAGGGAGCUAGCUGACCUUGUACAUGCAUCUGAAGCAUUCAAGGGCAGCAACAAGGAUCAGUGCUCCAUCUUGAAACUAUGUGACCGCUUCCGGACACUGCUGGCACUGUCCCCACAGCAGAUACAUGCACUGGAGUACCGCACACGUGGGCAGGCAUCCAAUGCACUGUGGAUGGAGCAUCGCUUUGGCAGGCUGACUGCCUCGAUAUUUUCAAGCGUUGUUAAGCGUAAGGGCCCCUUCGGACCACUAGUGAUUCAAAUGCUGAACCGCAAGCCCUUUCACUCUCCUGCCGCAGACUGGGGUAGGCAGAAUGAGGCCAUUGCGCAAAAAGACUAUGUAAAGAAGUGCAGUGUUCUCGUGGCACAGCGUGGCCUAAUGGUCAUGGCCAAUGGCUUCACUGGUGCCAGCCCUGAUGGGUUGGUGAAUGAUAGUAGCUUGCCCGCUGCUCAACAACAAGGUCUGCUGGAGAUAAAGUGUCCAUAUUCAGCUCGGCAUAUCACCCCAGCAGAUGCAUGUGAGGUGCUGGACAACUUCUUCUGCAAAUUGGAUGAUGACGGCACAUUCUCACUGAAGCGAAAUCACAACUUCUACUUUCAGGCUUGUCGAGGACUCCAGGAUAGACAACAUGUGCUGCUCCAGUUGUUCACCGCCUUGCUCCUGCACGAAGUCCUUCAGGCUGUCAGUGCCAUCGGUUUGGGAAAGGUGUAUCAUCCCGUGACGACCACAUUGAAGUCUGAAUUUGAAGUGUGGAGAUGCUGCAGCAACCACUUCGUACUUUUCCAUUGCUUCUAUUGUGCUUCUACUGUGCAUGUGUGUAACUUGUGGGAUAUGCAUGUGUGAUACUUGUGGGAUAUGCAUGAGAUGAGAUGGUACGCCGCAGAUGUUAUCCAUGCGUGUAACGUAUACCUACAUGUUACUCAUUGAAAAGGAUUAGCCACUUGUGAUCCUCGGAUGAGUAUCCGGUCAGCUUUGUCUUGUGUGGGCCGUACCAGCUUGCUGUUCACUUCUCUAUCUGUUGGAUAUGCGACUUUCUGCAAGUUUCUGGUUUCUGGUGCCACGUCUUUGCUUGCCUCUUUUUUUUUAAGGAAUUACAUUCUGUUUUCACUGCGUGCAUAGCGUGGUCUGCAAAUUGCAAUCCGUCAUGUUUGCAAUGCUGUGCUUUGGCCGUCAGCUUGCCUACACAUUUUUGUUUGUUUCACAACUGACUUCGUAAAGUAUGGUGGGCAAUGCUUUGCAUGGCAUUAUACAUGAAGAAUCUCCUGUUUGGGUCGUGUGCAUGUGUGUGUGUGU